AUGGCGAUGAGGUUGCCUCUCCCCGUCUCCCUGUGUCCGCUCGCGACUAGUGGCCAUGGCCACUCGAGCAUGCACGCCAGAGCUCUGCUCCGGCCGCCAUUGCUGAUGUUGCCAUGGAGGCGCAGCAGUCCGCCGGCAUGGCCGACCUUGCCGCUCGCCUCACCAGGCGCAGCAGUCCGCGUCCUGGGCGCGCGGUCCCGCAGCGAGCUAGAGGACUCCGUGGCGCACCUCCUGGACGGACCCCUCAGGGACAGGUCGUCGGAGCCUGACGGCGGCGGGCCGAGCGUGGCGUUCGCGUGCGGCGUGUGGAGCGACCUCACGCUGCCGCUGAAGGCGGCCUUCCGCGACGCCGUCGUCGGCAGGUACAAUGCCGAGGCCAGGUCCGUCGACUUCCGCAACGACCCAGAGCAAGCGGUGCAGCAGAUCGACGCGUGGGCCGCAGCGGCCACGGGGAACCUCAUCCAGUCCGCCGUCCCUCCGGGAGCCUCCAUGUGCAUCUUCCUCCCGGACGCGCGCGACGGCCUGGCGAGCCUGCUGGACAAGAUCACGUCGGCGUCCCCGGCAGGAUUCCUGCGCGAGCACCUGCCGAAGAGGACGGUCUCGGUCGGCGAGUUCUGGGUGCCCAAGUUUGAGCUCUCCUUCCAGAGCAACCUCACCGGCGUCUUCAACGACCUGGGGCUCCGGCUGCCCUUCACCCAGGAUGCGGACCUCUCCGAGAUGCUGCAAGAGCAGGACGGACGUCUUCCAGAAGGCCGUCAUCCAGUGGAGGAGGCGUCGCACGCCGUGCUCUUCGCGGGGCACGUCGUCGACCCCGGCAACGGCGCCGCGGCGGCGAUCCCGUCCCCCGCCCCGUUCCAGGAGCGCGCCACCACCAAAAGAGAACCUGAAAACGAGGCGAUGAACGAGCAUACGGGUUAUGCUCCCGUGUAUUAUGUUCCCAAACCCGUGUCGCCGGUAUGCGAUCCAGUAUCGCCGGUAUACAGCCCAACGUCGCCGGUAUACCACCCAUAUUGGCCGGCAUACAGUCCAUGUUCGCCGGUGUACAGUCCAGUACCGCCGGAAUUUCAACCGGUACUUACUCCAGAAUCGCCGACAUACAGAUACAGCCCUGUAGCUUACAGUCCGCAAUCGCCGGCGUACAAGCAUCACCGCCAGAGUGCAAGAACCUCUCCCCAUGCAGUCCAGAGGAAGCCGCGACGGGGGAAGAGGAAGUGCCCUCGGAGAAAACAGAGCAAGUAG